AUGGCUGCCGUUGGAUCGAAGUCUAGAAACCACAAACUGCGGACUAAGCAGGCGCCCAAGCAGGCGCUUGUGCCCGUCCGCGAUGUGACUGCCCAGUUCGUGGCUGCACGAACCAGAAAACUUCAGGAGAUCGAGCUUCUGCGCCUCGGCGUCCAGAAACGCUUCAUCAAACUCGUCAACUUGCUUGGAAACGCCUUUCUCUGGCACAAAAACAACAAAUCGUCGUAUUUCUGGCUGCUCGCAGGCUACGACUCCGGUACUUAUUCGGCUCGUGCCGUUCACGCGGCGGAAAUCGACAUUGUGGGCGCCGAGAACUGGCAGGACGAUCUGGACGCCGCCAGAUGUGGCCUCUGCUUCUCGCAGUUCACCAUAUUGAACCGCAAGCAUCACUGCCGGUUGUGCGGAUGUGUGGUUGACGAAAAUCAGAACUUGGACCGGUCUUGUUCCGCCCAGAUCCCGGCAGCUCUUCUCAUACAGAAACUUCCACAAUUGAACUACGCGCCUGAAAUUAAAGGCUCUUGGGCGACGCUUGUGGAAGCGCACACGGCUGAACAGCGCCUAGCACGGGUGUUUUCCUUCCGGUGCUGCAAAACAUGCAAAAACCUACUCCUCCACGAUCCUAAACUACGGCUACAGCUCUCCGACGAUCCCACGAAGCUCUUCACCACGUACCAGGAGUUUCUCAACCUCAAGGCCAUGGUCAGCAAUUUAUUUGUGCGCUACUCGGAGCAGUUGGAGAGUGUCUCGCUGGACAACACCAAAAUGCUCAUGCUACGAAGCAAGCUCGUCGAGUAUAUCAAAGAGCUCGAGAAGAAGGGCGGUUUCUUUAAAGCGAUGCUUACAUCUGUGGGCGAGUCCGGUCUGGAGCUGGAGGUGCCGCCGCUUCUUGUGUCUAACAUGUACAAAACCUCGAUGAUGUUCCUCCUGGACUCGAUCCAGAAGCUCAAAGACAUGAAUGAGGUCCAGGAGGCGUUAUCCAAAUCCCCGUCGCCGGUGGAUUCUGUUGAUGCGCGGGCACAGAGCCCGUUGGAGGUGCAAUCACCGCCCAAGCUCAGCAAACGAGAAAUCCGGGAGCGGCGUGAACAGCUCAUGGUUAUCAACGAGCAGAAGUUUUUGGUUGAAGAUCUUAUUGAAAAGACUAGGAAGCAGCGGAAGUUUGAUGAGGUGCACACGUUGGAGGAGAGCAAGAAGGAUUUGGAGGCGAAGAUUGCGGAGUUGGAGGAGGAGCUUGGAGACUUUGGUUUCUAG